CUGUUCAAAAGCUUGUUGAAAAGUUUUCCUCGGACCGUGUGUGUGUACCCUUUCUUCGGUGCACCGUGUAAUCCGUAGCGAUGCCCACCCCGGAACAGAUCCAGCAGGAUAAGGCGGCACGCCGGGCCGCCCUCCGCACCGAGUACUGGCGCACGAUGACCAACCCGCACGCCCAUCUGCACGGCGAAAGCGGCGGAGUGUACGAUCUGGGUCUGGCCCGGUUCCAAGCCAUGCGCGUGAGCAACUUUGAGCACUUUAAGCCCACCGGACGGUCGUUCAAGAUUGGUAUGCUGACGGUGGUGCUGCCGAUUGUUGGCUAUGCCUGGAUGCUGAAGCGGGAACGUGACGCCCGGGAAGCGCAGUACCGUACCGGUCAGGUUGCCUACAAGGAUCGUCGCUUCAAGUUUAUCUAAGCGGCCAGCAGUGGCUUUGUUUGAUUAGGGGCAGGGGGGGCAGAAUGGACCAGGGGGGCAGAAUGGGCCACCCUUGGUUUUGGGCUUUAGAAUGGAUUUAGACCAAUUGUAAGGCAAGGGUCUUAUAAAGGACGUCAAAUAACUUCACCAUACCGAAAACGACGUUUGAAUUCAUUGUAUUUAUCGAAUUAUGAGCAAAAAUGUAAAUUUAUUGACAAAACUACGCAAAUGUUGUUUAUUUCGAGGUUUUUAAAUAAGCUUUCUGAAAAGUUGGAUUGUUUGAAAAAGUUUGCUCAAUGCUUAUAACGUUACUAGAUGUUACUACCAAGGUAUACAAACAACAACGGAACCUUAAAAUCAUUUAGAGACUUGGUGGUGGAAGUGUUAAAUUAAAAUCCACUUGGGGGCAGAAUGGACCACCCUUAUCCUGCCUUAUAAAAACAAUCAAAAGUUAUGAAAUUUGGAUUAAAUGGAUUAUUUCACUCCUGGUAGCUUCACAAAUCACGUUUAAUGCAAAAUUAGUUGAUUUUUUAGUUGUUUUGAUGAUUAUUUGUAAAAAUAGUGUCCUUUUUCAACAUAUUAACACUAUUUUCAAAUUUUUUUUUGAUAAGUGACUAUUUUUAUUAAAGUGGUCUAACUUCAUGGAAACUAUGUUAGAAAGGUACCUUAAGUCAUUUCUUAUCUCCCUUCAACGUUGUAUUAGACAAAAUGGCUUGUUUUCUAAGGUGGCCCAUUCUGCCCCGCAGGGUGGCCCAUUCUGCCCCGCACCCUGGAAAAAAAGUCGAAAAAACUUUUUUUUUAAAGUGGCUCAAAAACAGUUUUAAGCUAAAAAAUUUCAUCAACCAAGUAUAUAACAUUGAAGGGAACAUCCCAAAGCAUAAGCCUACUACACUGAAUUCAUAAAUUUUCAUGUUUUUCUAUGGUUUUUGGCGCAUUUUACUUAGGCGGGCCAUUCUGCCCCCCCUCCCCCUAUCUUGUUUGCAAAUGUGUAGAAAGCAAAAAAAGGGGCCGUUUCGGAUAAGCAGAACCAGCAUCAACAAUAAACGGCAGGUUUGGAUCGGA